AUGUCGUCUCUCAAAUACUCUAUACUCUCAUUUGUGAUGAUCGUGUUCCUCCUUGCAACCAUCUCAACCACGCUCAUAGCCUCUGCAACUUUGAGUACUCAAGACAUGAUUACUUCUACCACUUCCGCUACUUCUACUAUUGACACAGACUUGACAAGCAUCACUACUACUUUCACUUCCACUACUUCCACUACUUCCACUACUUCCACUUCUACUGACUCCAAUGAUGAUACUUCUCAAAAUACAACCAAUACCAUUCUAGGCUAUGUCGGUGCCAUCAUUGCCAUUCUCUUUUAUGGUAGUAAUUAUGUGGUCACAAAGAAGUAUCCAACAGGAGAUGGUGUUGCAUUCAGUUGGCUCAUGUCCAAUGGUAUUUUCUUUGUUGGAUUUUUAUCAUUGGCCAUUACCACUCAAAAUCGAUUAUAUUUUGAUGCAAGUGGUCUUAUUGGUGGUACUAUUUGGGGUAUUGGUAAUUUAUGUGUGGUACCAAUUAUUAAAACUGUUGGAUUGGGAUUGGGUUUUUUAUUAUGGAGUGGUUCCAAUUUGAUUGGUGGAUAUCUUGUUGGUAAAAUUGGAUUAUUUGGUGUUGAAAGAGAAGUGAUUGAAAGUGUUGGAGGAAAUGUGAUGAAUAUCUUUGGAUUGGUGGGUGGAAUUGUGAGUUUAUUGUUAUUCUUUUUCAUUAAACCACCUGCAGAGAAGAAUGAAAAGAUGGAAAAGAGUCAUUCUGAAAAAGAAUCAGUGAGUGAUCAUCUUGAAGGAAUGUCGUCUCUAGAACAACAUGGACACGAUGAAGAAAAACAUGAAGAAGAAAAACAAGAAAAACAACAAACAACCUAUGGAUCUACUACUACCAUGGAAAAUGAAAAUACUUCACUAUUAGGUAAUUCUAAUAGAACUAUGAAUCAAAAUGAACAAGAUGAAACAUCCAUCAAUCAAGUGACUACUACUACUAGAAAUAAUUUGAAAUCAUCACGAAUUCUAUCUCAUCCCACUGUCCUCAAAUUAAUUGCUCUUAAAGAUAACAAAAUCUUUUUAAGAAUUGUGGGUAUUGUAUUGGCAAUCCUUUCAGGAUGUUUGUAUGCAGUGAACUUGACUCCAUUCAAAUUAUGGGUUCAACGUGAAACUUAUAUUCACAAUAAGGCACCCAAUCCAAUUGAUUUUGCAUUCUCUCAUUUAAGUGGAAUUUAUUUAUUGAACUCGGCAGUAUUUAUUAUUUAUAUUCUUUUCAAAAAGAAUACACCACAAAUAUGGCCUAAUAUGAUUUUACCAAGUAUGAUUUGUGGUGUCAUGUGGGGUAUUGCUACACUUGGUUUAUUAUACGCUUCUUCAUUCUUGGGUUUCACUGUGGGUUAUCCAUUGGUUGCUAUUGGACCAAGUUUAGUUUCCACUUUUUGGAAUGUUUGUGUAUUUAGAGAAAUUACUGGUUUGAGAAAUUUAAUCAUUCUCUCAUGUUCAUUGGCAUUUGCAUUGAUUGGUGUGAUUUUGUUGGCUGUGAGUCGAAUGAUUUGA